AGCGCAUUCAGUAUUACACUAAGAAACAUCGAGAUUCACUAUUUGUGGGACAAGAAUUUGACAAAAACAUAUCAAUAUCAAGUGAAAAACGCCAAUAUUCAAAUUGACGAAGUGAAAAUUUCCUGCAACUUAACUAACAGACGUAAAAUACGUUAGUUCCAGUAUGGAGAUACCCUUUUCUAAUGUGUUGUUGCUCUGUUUAAUAUUCCUGCUAAUCGGCGGAGUAAUUAUGAUAUUGCUUCAGUAUUUGCUUUUUAUAAAAUUUUCAAAUUUACCGGAUGAGAGCGAGGAACAAAAACAGAUUAAUGCCAGAUACACCUUACCCCUGAACAUCAAACAAACCGCCCGUAAUUUGAAUACGGCACAAAACGAAGGUGGAAACUUCGAGAUGCAUCAAAAAAGCGAUCAGGGCUCGUCGACGUUAAUAUCAUUGAAUUUUGUUAUGCAGUUCUUGUUUCAUGAGUUUAAGAACUCGAAUCGCGUGCGAAAAUGGUUUUAUCGAAAGCUUUCCAUUGAACUGGAUGAACUGAUUACAAAAACCACAACAGGCAAAUUGCUGGACAAGCUAACGAUUAGAGAACUUGAGCUGGGAGACCAGUUUCCAAACAUCAGAUCGCUUUCGGUGCAUAACGUUCAUCUUGACGACGCAGAGCAGCGCAUUGAGAACUUAGACUUGUUACUGGAUAUUAACUAUAUCGGAAACUUCUCUACAUCGAUUGAUGCGGACAUGGUACUAGGCAAAAAGGGUUCCAUAAUGCUAAAAGUAACACAACUGUCUGGCAUGGCACGGCUUCAGUUUACUCGGAAGCCAUAUACUCACUGGUCCCUCAGCUUCUUAGGUGACCCGGAACUUAACUUAGUUAUCGAGUCAAAGUACCAAGGGCGCCAAAUGCAAUCUAACAUUACGAAUCUUAUAUCAAAUCAAAUACGCAAAGCAGUGCGCCGCAAACAUACCCUACCCAACUAUAAGCUGCGUUACAAACCCUUCUUCCAUUGGGCGGCGGAUGAAGAGACAAGUGACUGUGACAUACAGCCGAAUGGCGAUCUUACCGUACGUGUGGCAGAGUUGUCACGGCUGAUGGGCUGGCCGGGAACCAGCAGCAUAUACUGUACUAUAACGCUGGCGCCAGUGCCUUUCAUUGAAGCGCAUCAGAAAGAUAACCGACACGUGUUAAUCUCCAUGGAUGUGGUUAUACACAAGGCAAAGAAUCAACAGAUAGGUAUUGUGUUUAAACAAAGGAGCAGUCAGGUGGUGAAGAUCGAGUCUAUUCUGCCGAACACGCCAGCCUGCAAGGCUAAUCUGUUGUCUGGUGAUGCGCUUGUUUCUAUUGAGGGCAAACAGGUAACAACUAUUCAACAAAUUGCGAAGGUUGUGAAGAACCUACAGUCCACAGUCUGCUACCUGCGCAUCGAGCGUAUCAUUCCCGGAAUCAUACGUAACUAUGCUAUUUUGGAGGAUCUAGAGAAAUAUGACGAUUUGUGCGACAUUCCUGUAGCUUUUAAACACGACUCUGACGAGACCGAGAUGAUUCCCAAGCAUUUAGUAGUGAAGGCUGGUCAUAGUCGCAACACUGAGUCUAGUCUGAGUUCUACUCUAACGAACUCCCCAAAAAAAUCAAACAUAAUUGCAAAAGCCAUCAAGAAAACCAUCAGCCGUGAAAGCGGUGACAGUCAAAAGGACAAAGAUAAAACCAAAUUGGACGAGACUCCUUCAAAAAUGCCCUGCCCGAAUGAUGAUAAGGUACCUAGUGUGAGCGACAAGCCACUCGAUGAAGUCAACUAUUUCUAUCAACAUUCGACCAUCGAUUGCACCUUUAGCCCUCUUAUACGCAUGGAUGAUAUGUGCAAUUUUCAGCUGGAUGCUAAGAGUCGCUUUCUAAACGUAUGUGUGUUUGGGAAGUGCGCAGGUGAGAGCAUACUGUUGGGGUAUUACAACUUACAUGUCGGUCAGAUAUUAGUCGAAUGCAGCGAGACUAGCCUGAAUCAAUCCCUAAAGCAGAUAGCUUUAAAUCCGCCAACGCUUUUGCCAGUAAAAGCACAUCCGUUGUCCACUCAAUCUGGGUUCAAUCCCAACCUGUGUUUCGGAGAUAUUUUGUUUGGAUUUUUAUGGAAUGGAAAUCCAAAUGCUACUGCGAGUGAGAGCACAGUCAAGAGUACUACCAAGUCCCAGUCUCCAGCCAGCCAAUCAGCUGCAAAUGAUAAAGUGCAGGAUGAAAACAGCGGGGAGACGGUGUCAUUGAAAUCUUCAAACAUUUGUGGCGAUUAUUCAGUUCCUGGUGUGGCUAGUACAAUGGCUGCAUCGAAGGCCCAUAACUUUAUACGUACUCAUUUUCACCGUGCUACGCAGUGUGAUUUUUGUGGCAAGAAAAUCUGGCUAAAGGAUGCAAUGCAGUGUAAGGACUGUACCAUGUGCUGCCACAAAAAGUGUAUUGCCAAAUGUCAGAGCGCCACCGUUUGUGGUCCAGUCGACUUCUCUGGGUCGAUACCAAACACUCUCUUCGCCCCUCCAGUAACAUUCAAUAAGCCAGAGUUUACAGUCACACAGGCCGAAUAUAUUGAUAUUUUGGAGCCCAAGUCUUUAAGCUCUAUGACAACGGAGGAGACCUCGUCGCAAGGCAGCAUUGAGCAAACGCACAAUGCUAAUAUGGACGAGCAUAGAGCUAGUCUAACGGGUAUGCUGACACAGGGAAUAAAGCGACAAGCCAGCAAUCUGGACAUACCAGGCAUAGUCUCCUCACUUUCAGGAAACAGCUCACAGGUUAAUUCAAAAAGUCUACCGCCGAGUCCGCAGCAUACGCCUUCGCGAAAGUCGUCGAUAACAGAAGAAACCUCGCAACAUCACCAUUCAAAUCCAAAUCCCUUCGCGAUGAUCACGCCCCAUUUAGAGGCUCUUCCCCCGGAGUUUACAGCAUUAACUUUGGACCAAGUUGUUCUCAUCACUGAUCCAAUCAUUAGACAUUCCCGAAACGAGGAUCUGAUGAACCUGGCUAAGAGUUACAGUAAGCUUCUUUAUGCGGAAGUCCCCCCCAACGAGCGAGUGACGAAAAUAAAUGAGCUGCUAACAAAACUGAAGGGUGCAUUAGAUGCGGAAUCGAAGGGAAACACGAUGCUAAAUUAUGCUGAAAAGGCGACCACACUCCGAAUGGAAUCAGAGUCGCCAUGGAAAUCAAUGGCCUGCACAAAAACUAGGUCCGAGGAACGAGUUCAAGCCUUGAGUAUUAUCAUGUUGUAUUUAUGCACAGGGCUACAACAUGCACAGGGCUCCGCAAUGCAAUAGAGAGUUUUUAAAUAUAAAGUUUGUUACGUAUUUGACUGUAAAUGUGUUAGUGAAUCUAUGGGCAUUUUUGAUUUGAGUACUAUGAAUUUGUAUG